UCAGAGAGAGCGGUCGGCCGGUCGAUAUCGGCUGCGUUUCGUUGUCUCGCGAUGACUGAAGUGCUUAAACGUGGAUUCAGUGUUUGUGUGUGAUGAUGUGUUGUUCUGGUAUCGGUUAAGAUGCGUGAGGGUGUAACGUUUGCGGUGCUGGCUUUUCUGGCGGCCGCGGGCGCCUGCCCUGGCCCAUUGCCCCAGGGUUGCGCCUGCACAGAUGGUGGCACUCGGCUGACCUGCCGUUCCGCUGGGCUGCAGCAUCUACCACCUAUGAAUGAACGGUUGAUUUCUGUAGAUGUCUCCCAUAACAAUAUCAGCGUGCUACCUUCAGAUGCCCUACUCCUAGCCACCGGACUAAGAGAUUUGAAUCUAUCGGCGAAUCGGCUUCAGAGGGUCGCUGAAGGUGCACUGAAUAGUCCAUCACUGGCAAGGCUGUGGUUAGACAGCUGUUUUCUGGUGGAGCUGCCCACGGCGAGACUAUCUCGGCUGCACUAUCUGUCAGCAGAAGAGAAUUUAAUAUCAGAAAUAAAGGCUGAUGUGUUCUCCGAGAUACGGUUCCUUCGUGUUUUGCGCCUGUCUCGCAAUCGACUGUCUUCUGUUCCUGAAGCAUUGACAUACACAACACGGCUUCAGGCAUUGAAUCUCGCUGGCAACUUGAUCACGGAACUCACAGAUUCAUCACUGCCAUCAUUGCCAGUUCUUCACACAUUAAUACUAAAACGCAACCGGAUCUCACACAUUGGCCCCAACUCGUUCGUCCAAACGCCGGCACUACGUGUAUUACGUCUUGAAGAUAACCUGCUGACGGAGUUGCCACCUGCCAUCCACCUACUACCAAUGUUAGAAGAUUUGUCAUUAGCAAACAACAGAAUAGAGGAAGUCGCUAUGGGGUUGCAGACGUGUUCGCGGCUGACCCGUCUGGAACUUCGGGGGAAUCCCCUUUCUCGAUUGCACCCACAGGCGGUUGAACACCUGCCCAGACUAACCACACUUAUCCUAUCAGAAGCCCGUGGUCUACCUGAUGUUCCAUCACUGAACGGAUCUACACGUCUUCGGACGCUCCGAGUGGACCGUGCAAGACUCACCAAGCUGCCAACCCAUUUAUGUGCCCAUGUACCUCAGCUACGGGCAUUGGAUGUAAGAUCAAACCAACUGGACGAAGUACCUGAUCUUCAUGAAUGUUCGGAACUUCGGGUCCUGGAUUUGUCAGAUAACAAAAUAACGACGAUUGGGAAUGGUGCGUUGAGAGGUUUGCGACGCCUUCACGAUCUGAUGCUGGCUAGGAACCGCAUCAAGAAGAUACCAUCUGAUGCAUUCUUGCAAACCAACCGGCUUCAAUUACUAGACCUGGAAGACAAUCAAAUCGAACAUAUAGAUUUAGAGGCGUUCGUCCCGAUCACUAAAUUGGAAGACUUGAAUGUAGGCAACAAUGUGUUUCCCAGCCUACCAGCCAGUGGUCUGCAGAAACUCCUCCACUUGAAGGCCCACAAUAAUCCAAAUCUACGCCACUUCCACCCUCCAGAACUAUUCCCCAGGAUACAAACCCUGGUCCUCUCCUACGCUUACCACUGCUGCGAGUUCCUUCCACUUAUGGAGGAGACGGGAAGUGGUGAGGAAUGGGAGAGAGAGGGAUUCAGUGAUCUGGUUCUGCUUCCCCCAGCACAUGUGGACUUAGCAGCCUGGGCGAAUGCCACUGACAUAUGGCCACAUUAUUUAAACGCAACAGGCGAACGUGGCUCUCGUCUACCGGCACCUGGGACCUGGAGUGGAGUUGAGGUUCGUUCAGCUGGAAGACAAGUUCGCUGUUUACCACUACCAGGCCCAUUCCUUCCUUGCGUGGACCUAUUUGACUGGUGGACACUUCGGUGCGGUGUAUGGGCCGUGUUCCUACUCGCGCUGUUGGGGAACGGUACCGUGGUGUUCGUCUUGGUGUUCAGCAGAAGCCGUAUAGACGUACCCAGGUUCUUGGUGACGAAUCUGGCUGCCGCUGACUUCUUCAUGGGAAUCUAUUUGGGUUUCCUAGCGGUGGUCGACGCUGGUACUUUGGGAGAAUUUCGAGCUCAUGCCAUCGCCUGGCAAAUGUCUGGCGGAUGCCGCCUCGCUGGAUUUUUAGGAGUGCUCUCUUCCGAACUCUCUGUUUACACCCUCGCUGUUAUAACCCUGGAAAGAAACUACGCGAUCACCCACGCCAUGCAUUUAAACAAGAGAUUGUCUCUCAGACACGCUGCUGUUGUGAUGGCGGCUGGAUGGGCGUUUUCACUGACAGCGGCUUCCUUACCACUGUUGGGCGUGUCGGACUAUAGAAAAUUCGCUGUCUGCCUUCCCUUUGAGACCAGUACAGCCGUCUCCCUCAGCUACGUGGUCGCUCUAUUGGUUAUCAACGGAAUCGCUUUCCUGGUCCUGCUUGGAUGCUACCUUAAAAUGUACUGCGCGAUCCGCGGAUCGCAGGCUUGGAACUCAAACGACUCUCGGAUAGCAAAACGAAUGGCUCUUCUGGUCUUCACGGAUUUCUUGUGCUGGUCCCCUAUAGCGUUCUUCGCUUUGACUGCGGCGUUUGGAGCGCAAUUGGUAUCAUUGGAGGAAGCCAAAGUCUUCACUGUAUUUGUUCUGCCAUUAAAUUCUUGCUGCAAUCCGUUUCUGUAUGCGAUCCUGACGAAGCAGUUUAAGAAGGACUGUGCUCUGGUGUGUAAAGCGAUAGAGGAGUCAAGAGUUACCAGAGGUAUAGGAAGGUGUAGGCAUUCGUCUAACUUCAGUAAUAGACAGACUCCGGCUAACACUAACAGUUUGGCGGAAAGAUCGUCCAGGGGACAACAUGGGACGACGUGUGCCUGUCGAAGACUGUUGCCAACAAGCGCUCCUGUUGUCAGUGAAACUAAUACGAAUACUGCUUCUGGAGAAGCGAGCGGUGAAAGGCUCCUACGUUGGCUUCGAGCCUGUGGACGUCGAUCCACCACCCCAGCACCUCCUACUCCACGCCAGGUCCCGACAGCACCAGCUCGCACUGGUUCAGUGUCUUCAUCAGUGGAAUUUUCUUCGUCCCGUUCAGACUCUUGGCGGACCUACGGCCGUCCCCCUCCCCCACCGCGGAGAGCCGCGUCCUGGCUCGUAGCAAGAAAAACCUCGCAGGACUCCAACCUGUCCUCAUCUCGUAAUGAUUCGUCUGGGUCCAACGCGACGGCAUCCACUGGGACUUGGAGGACAUCCAGGUCAGGCGGUAGCGCAACGACCACUGGCUCCAGACCUCGACUAACACGACAGCCAGCGAUUGUGGCAGAUGAGCCCCCGGCUUCGCCUGUCGCUUUGCCACCACCACGUCUUUUGCAUACCAUACCAUCAGCGGCUGAAACGGAGAUUCAGCCAGAAGAGUGUGACUUAAAAUAAAUUAGCAAAACGUUUAUCACAGAUUAGUAUUAGGUUGGUGGCCACAGUGAACAGAAUAUGACCAUAGACAAUUAGAAAAUUACUAAGUAACCAUGACAAACAACACGAAAUACAGUUUAAACUUAAUAAAGACUUUAUGUGGGAGCCCCCAUGUUUUAAUUGUAUAUAAAUAUAGUACAUAAUAUAGUGUUAAAUAAAUUGUUUUGUUACAUAUAUUUAUGGAUAAGAUAUAAUAUGUAGGUACCAAAAAUUAAGCCGAUGUGGGGUUUUCAGAUGUAAUAAAAACCAUAAACAAUAUCGGAUAUAUUUUAAAAAGUUACUGAAUGUUAUUGGAUCUGGACAGUUCUUGUUAUUAUUGAAAAUGGAAAUUCCCAAAAGAUAUAUAUAUUUUUAAAGAUCUUUUAGUAUUUUGGCGCCUGUACAUCGUUAAAGAUUCUGUUUAUGUUUGCUGUUUCAAAGUGUAAUUAAUUGAAUUCAUUAGUUCGUUAUUUUUAUUUAAUAGCCCACAGCAUUAAACAUCAUUAUCUGAUACGAGAGUACAGUCGCCAUUGCAGCUCUUGGCUCUAUCAAAAAAAUAGAUGUGUCUUAAACUACCGUCCAUUAUCGCUGUCGCAUGAAGAGCCAACUUUGAAACUACCCUCAAACGUAGAUAAGCCAACAUGACAAAUAAUUAUGUACAGUAUUAUUAAGUAAGUGUGUUAUAGUAAAAUAUAUGAGUAUAGAAUUAAAUGUAUGAAGUGAUAUUAUUUGUAAAUUUUGAUGUGAAUAUUUGAAACAGUAUUUAACAAUGUUAUUUAAAUUACUAUAUACAAACUAGGAUUUUAUAUUGUAGAGUUGUUAAUUUUUUAAUAAGGUCGCGUUGGUGCGAAUUAGCCUUGAAUCAUAAAGAAUAAAUCAUUCUUAGUUCACCGAAUACACUCCGGCUCGAAGGACCAUAUAUGAAAUAGCGUAUUCAUCCAGGUUUUUAAAGAUCCUCAGAUUAAUCGGCUGAUAGUAUGCUGAUUUAACUAUAAUUAUGUUUGAAUAAUUAUUGUUAAAUAAAAGGAAGAAAGAAAAGUAAGCUAAAGUUAAAACGCUCAACAUGCAAUUAGAAUCCAGAUGGGACGUAAGUAAUUGGUUUAUAUUUAGUCUUGCGAGGGUGAUCAACCCAAGUGUUCUGCAAGAACUUGGUUUCUUUGGGGAUAUGAGUGACGCGGAAGGCCAAGGUCGUUGGCGAUACCAAGAGAUGGAACCAGUCUGUUGCAGAGAUCCCAGUUAACAAAGGUUUCGCUUACUCAAUGCUGUCUUCUAUGAUCUUGAUAUCUUUAUAUGUUUGCAGAGGGUAUACACAGUAGCGAUAAUGUGUAUCUUAUUUAAUUUUUGACACUUGACAUAGUAAGGAUAAUGUUUGUAUUUUUGUGAAUGAAAAUUUAAAAUAAAUUCGCGUGGCCCGUGUGCAUCAUGUUUUAGUGACAAGAAUAAUUUACGAUGUUGUACCGUAGGCAUGAUUGUUAUUUUAAUAAUAAUAAUAAUUUAUUUGUUAGAAUACAUUUUCUAUUUAUUAAUAGAUAUUAUUUAGUA